AUGGCAGAUUUGGAUCAAUUUUAUGAACUGAUUAAAAGAAUCCUCUGCACAGAUAAUGAAAUUCGCAAGGAAGCUGAGACUGCGUAUGAAGGAAUAUCAAUUCUUUUAAGAUGUCAAUUACUUUUCCAAUUAUAUUCAAAAGCUGAUUGUGAAACAGAGUCUCGUAAUAUGGCUCUCGUUUUGUUACGUCGUCUUCUAGUUAAUUCUUAUAAUGAGAUCUCCAGAGCUUUAGGUAACAAUGGAGUGGAAGAGUUUAGAGACAAACUUUUGGAAGCUGCAACUCUUGAAAAUAAUAAUGGUUUAAGGAAAAGACUUAUUGAAGUUAUUGCAGAAUUUGCUAAAGAAGGUAUUGAUGCAGAAACAUUAUCUCAAACAUGGGAUAAGGUUCUUAAGUUUAUUGCUCAUGUUCCUACUGCUUCACCUGAAUUAAGAGAAGCUGCUAUGUUAUUGAUUGAAAAUGUACCAAAUAUUUUUGGGGAACAAAUGCCAAACUAUAUUGGUGAUGUUAAAACAAUCUUCAGUUCAUGUUUAAGUUAUGGUGAAAAUUUAUCAACUGUUCGAGUUUCUGCAGUCAAAGCUUUUGUAUCAUUUGUUGUAGAACAUGAAGGUUUACCAAAGAUAAUUCAACCACUGUCUGAUCAAAUACCAGCAAUCAUUGAAAUCUGUAAAUGUACUAUUGAUGCUGGUGAUGAUGAUGCAACAGUCAUACAAAAUUUAUGUGAUGUUGUUGCUGCAACACCAAAAUUAAUAAAUCCCCAUCUUAAUUCACUUUUGGAAUUUUGCCAUAAUACUUGCCUUCGUGGUGAUAUUGAUUCCUCCUUCAGACAUAGUGCUUUAGAAGUUAUGGUUGCUUUUACUGAAUCUAGUGCAAGUGUUAUUAGAAAAAGAGCUGCACCAGUAAUACCUGAAAUGGUUAGAAUUUGUAUGACUUUUAUGACCAAUAUUGAUGACGACAUUUCCGAUUGGUGUUUUAAUGACUCUCCUGAUAUUGGUGAUGAUGAAGAGGAAGAUUAUAGCGUUGGUGAGUCAUCUCUUGAUAGACUAUCAUGUGCACUUGGUGGAAAAUCUCUCCUUCAACAUUUACUUGGACUUGCUAGUGAAUAUCUCAAAUCAAAUGAUUGGAAACACCGUCAUGCUGCUAUUAUGGCUAUCUCUGUUUCCGGUGAAGGAUGUAAAAGGCAAAUGGAACCACAUAUUGAAAAUGUUGUAAACACAAUUUUACCAUAUCUUAAGGAUGAACAUCCUCGUGUUAGAUAUGCUGCUUGUAAUGCUAUAGGACAAAUGUCAACUGACUUUGGUCCAACACUUCAAAAGAAAUGUCAUAACGUUGUUGUUCCAGCUCUUCUUGAGACAUUAACAGAUCUAGGUAAUCCACGUGUUUCUGCUCAUGCUGGUGCUGCUUUAGUCAACUUUUCUGAAGAAUGCCCAAAGAAUAUUAUAUCUAUUUACCUUACUGAUGUCAUCGCUAAACUAGAAUUUGUCCUUGAAAAUACUUUUAGACAAUUACUAGAAAAGGGUAAAAAGAUUGUUCUUGAGCAAGUUAUUACAACUGUUGCUUCUGUUGCUGAUGCUGCAAAAGAACAAUUUAUUGCUUAUUAUGAUAGGCUUAUUCCACCAUUGAAAUAUAUCCUUAAAAAUACAACUGCUCCAGAGUAUAAAAUUUUACGGGGAAAGACUAUUGAAUGCAUAUCUUUAAUUGGUCUUGCUGUAGGUGCCGAAAAAUUUGAGCCUGAUGUUAAUGAAAUUAUGGAAGUUGUUUUGACAACACAAAAUGAAGAGACUGUUCCUGAUGAUCCAUUAGUCUCAUAUAUGAUUAGUUCAUGGGCCAGAAUAUGUAAGAUUCUUGGAGAGAAAUUUGGUAGAUUUCUUCCAAUGGUCAUGCCAGCUGUUAUGAAAGCUGCUUCAGUUAAACCUGAUGUUAUGUUAUUUGAAGAUGAUACAAAUUAUGGUGUUGGUGAUAGUGAAAACUGGAGUUUUAUGAAUAUUGGUGAUAAUCAAUCACUUGGAAUUAAAACUAGUGGAUUAGAAGAAAAAGCUACAGCUUGUGAGAUGAUUGUUUGUUAUGCUCGUGAAGCUAAGGGUGCUUUCAUUGAGUAUGUUGAACCAGUUAUGGAAUUAAUGUUGCCAUUACUUAAAUUUAUGUUUCAUGAUGUUGUUAGAAUGUCUGCAGCUGAAUGUAUGCCUGUUCUUUUGGAAGUUGCUUUACCAAAAGGAGCAGAAUACGUUAAAAAGAUGUGGGAAACAAUUCUUCCAGCCAUGCAAGAUGCUCUAAAAGAUGAAAGAGAUAGUGAUGUUGUUGGAACUUUUCUUGAAGAACUUGGACAAUGUGUUGAAAUAAUUGGACCAAAUGUUGUUACACCUCGUGAAAUAGAUAUCAUAACAACAAUCAUCAAUGAACAAAUGGAAGAAUAUAAGAAAAGAAAAGAGUUGUAUGAAGAAAAUUUGAAAGAUGAGGAUGCAGAUGAGGAAUCUCAAGAACAAAUUGAUGAUUAUCUUGAAAAUGAGACAACUAUUCUUGGAAAAAUAUCUGAUAUUAUUCAUUCACUUUUCAAAACAUUUGGAACUCAAUAUCUACCAUACUUUGAAAAGAUAGGAAAACAUUUUGCUGAUAUUAUUAUUGAUAAGAAAAGACAAUUUUAUGAAAGACAAUGGGCUAUUUGUGUGUUUGAUGAUGUAAUAGAAUAUGGUGGACCACAAAGUUUACAAUAUCAAGAAGUAUUUCUUCAACCAAUUCUUGAUUAUCUUGAAGAUGAGUAUCCAGAAAUUCGUCAAGCUGCUGCUUAUGGUUGUGGUAUGAUGGCAUUAAAAGGUGGACCAGGUUAUGCUGAACCAUGUCGUCAAGCUCUACCACGUCUUAUCAAUAUCAUUCAAAGAACUGAAUCUCGUAGUACUGAGGAGGAGUGUGCUGCAACAGAGAAUGCUAUAUCAGCUGUAGCAAAAAUUUUAAAAUGCAACUCAAGUUUAGUGAAUAUAAAUGAUAUGAUACCACUCUUUUUAUCAUGGUUACCUAUAUGGGAAGAUGAGGAAGAAUCACCAUUUGUUUAUGGAUAUUUGUGUGAUUUAAUUGAAUCAAAUCAUCCUUUGGUUGUUGGUGAGAAUAAUAGUAAUAUACCAAGAUUGAUUUAUAUUAUUACUCAAGCUUUUGUCAAAGGAGCAUUCCCUGAAGGUAAUGAAGUUGAAGAAAUUAAAAAUAGAUUAUUAAAUAUUCUUAAGUCAGUUAAAGCUAAUGCUGAGUUGUUUAGUGCUGCUGUUGGUGCAGCAAAUUUAAGUGAAGAUCAGAAAUUAUUUUUACAAGGAUCUUUAUAA